UCUCGUCCAGACUGAAGCUACGUACAACAUCAUUGAGAAAAUUGAGGGUUGAUGGUUUGGGCUCUCCCCAAUAUAGAUGUGAAAGUCUGACUCCAUUUUCCCAUCGUAUAUUCUUGCUCUUAAAACAUGUGUGGAGUCAGUUUUUGUCUUGGAGGAAGAAAACAAGUUAUAUUUCAUCAGCAGUGGAGAGUGCAAGUUGAAAGCCCCAAAGAGGAUGGAGUCGCACUCUGGAGGCAUUGCUGAUUAUGAAACAGUGAGCAAGGAACGGGACAGCCCACCAAGCUAUGGUUUCUAUGAUGCCAACACGAUCUCGAGAUUGGGACCCGGAUCCUUCUUCGGUGAGGGUUGUAUCUUCCGCAAGCUGCGUCGAGACUGGAUUGUGGAGGCCGCUACGCAUGUCAAAGCUUAUCAGAUAAAUAAGAUGGACUUCCUGCAAGUGGUUCCGCCGGAUAUCAAGGCAACACUGGAAGAGGAAGCGACUUUCAGAAUGCUGUACUUUGAUGGACGACUCUAUAGGCAUAUGCCUGUAGGGCCUGGCAUUCGUGAGACAUAUGUUCGCCGAAUUCGUCUUCACAUCAAGAACUUGGCUUCCCAGAAGGAUGACAAGUUCAGCCAGAUUGCAAACAGUGGGCAGAACAACAAUACGGCAAAAGCCGUAGAAACAGCAGUGGACGAGAAGGGACGAAAAGGCAGCAUAUCUUCCUUAGCGUCUACCAAACUCAUCAAGAACAUACUGAGCACUGCCAAUCUUUCUCGAAGUUUCAGCACUGGCUCAGCUCUAGAGACGGAUGGAAUGGGCCAAGAGCGGCGGUCGAAAGCGCUGAAUGCUCUCAGAGAGGAUGCCGAAGCAGGGCUCGCUGAGAUUGAGAGAAGGCAGAAGAGGAUUGGGGAAGCUUCCUUACCGAGAAUCCCUCCCGCUCUGACGGCGAUGAAGUCCGGAAGUCCGAAAUUGGCUGAGCUGAUGGGAUCCCAUUCGUCCCCAAGACCCUCCACAGCACCGGCCGUGGACAGCAAAGUUGCUCCUUUCGACUCGGAAGCCACUGCGGCCGACGCUCUUUCUUCGGACUUGGAGAGUCCUGCGUCGCCAUCGGAUCCAGCGGGACCUUUCACAACGGAUAGUCCUGAAUCGUCACCCCGGUCACUUACGCCAAGUGGUCGCCGGGACCGGGCCCAUGGAGGAGUUUUGACCUCAGCUCGUGAUCCCCUUAUGAAGAACGAUUUCUGCCUCAGAUCCCCCCUUGCUUUCCUCCUGCGGGCACCAUCGAUGCUCUCCUCCAAGGUCUUGAAAAUGACUGGUCCUUUGCGCAUUCCCAUUGGCGAUCGCACGGGCUACCCCCUUCGAACCCAGACACCAAUCGUACGGAAAUGGAGCAAGCUCUUAAAUCCUCCCAACUCUGCAGACGCCGCAAAGCUGGUACCGGGGGGAGCACCUGCACCAAGGCUGGAUUCAUGGCUCCGAUCCCACUUCCAAAGAGACAGCAGGAAGAUCGGAGCUCCAAGCAGAGCAUGGACACCUCGGGAAAGAGUAACAGUGCAGAUGAUGAGAUCGCCAAGGCAUGGCAUGGUGCCAGUUGGGUCAUUGAAUGCGUGGAACAUUGCCGCGCAAACGCCAUAUGGCACCACUGCACCAGGCACUCCAAGACUGCAUAGAUACACACCACAUACCCUCCGCACUCCUCGGGUAUACACCCCACACACUGCUGGAACUCCAGGAGGGAAUAGCUUGUCCAAGGGUAGUGCGACCAACAAAAGGACCCGUGACUCUCCCUCUGGUGCAAUGCCAGAUGCAGGUGUCGACGAGAGUGACGUCGUUGCAUCCCAACUGAGAAGGAAACUCCAAACCACAAAGAGGUGGCUUGGCAUCCAGGCAUCUCAACAUUGAGACCCCUCGCUGAUCACAAAGUCCCUCCUCCCCAUCAUCAACCUCAUUCACACAGACAUGCGCACACACACACAUGAGGAACAUUGCACACCUUGAUGUUUUGCCUUCUUCUCAUUGGUGGAGAAGGUUAUUCGGUUGGUGCUUCUUUGCAAGACACACACACACACACUCAGACGUGGGGAACCUACACGAUAAUUUUGCUGUAUUUGCGGUUUGCAUUCAUAGCAAUGUUUGGUGAUUGCCUGACAACGUGCACACCCCCACUGCUUGAUGUUUUGCAUUCUUGUCAUUGGCGAAGAAAGAUUAUUUGGUUGGUGUUUCUUUGCAAGACAUACUCACACAUAGACUUGGGAGCCUUAUACUCUUUACGUUU